CAGUGCUUCAAGCCACACGCGGAACCACACAUCCACCACCACCACCACCAAUCAACCGCAAGAGUCGACGACGGCAAGAACCGUUCGGCGCACACCAAGGGCAACAACUGCUGCGUGCACUACUACACCUUCGUCCGUUCCGAAACCGAAAACAGCAAUCAAUCCCGCAACACCCCCCCACACCCCAUUUGCCAUCAAUCCAACACACUAGACGGGCCGGGACACGGGCGGUGGGCGACUUGGUGUGAGCACGGAAACAGGCGAGCAAACAGCGACAGGCAGAGCAAGAUGAACGAUUUCAUCGUGGCCGGCAAGUACCGCAUCAUCCGCAAGAUCGGAUCGGGCUCGUUCGGCGACAUCUACCUCGGCAUCAACAUCACCAAUGGCGAGGAGGUGGCGCUGAAGGUGGAGAGCAUACUGGCCCGCCACCCGCAGCUGACGUACGAGUACAAGCUGUACAAGGUGCUGACCGGGGGCGUCGGUAUCCCGCACAUCCGCUACUUCGGGCAGGAGCGCAGCUACCACGUGCUGGUGAUGGAUCUGCUCGGCCCCUCGCUCGAGGAUCUGUUCAACUUCUGCAGCCGGCACUUCACAAUCAAGACCGUGCUGAUGCUGGUCGACCAGAUGAUCGGCCGGCUGGAGUAUCUGCACAUGAAGAACUUCAUCCACCGGGACAUCAAGCCGGACAACUUCCUGAUGGGGAUCGGGCGGCACUGCAACAAGCUGUUCCUGAUCGACUUCGGCCUGGCGAAGAAGUACCGCGACUUCCGCUCCCGCAUCCAUAUCUCGUACCGGGAGGACAAGAACCUGACCGGCACGGCGCGCUACGCCUCGAUCAAUGCGCACCUCGGCAUCGAGCAGAGCCGCCGCGACGACAUGGAGUCGCUCGGGUACGUGAUGAUGUACUUCAACCGCGGCUCGCUGCCGUGGCAGGGGCUGAAGGCGACCAACAAGAAGCAGAAGUAUGAGAAGAUCUCGGAGAAAAAGAUGUCCACCCCGAUCGAGGUGCUGUGCAAAGGCUUCCCGGCCGAGUUUGCGAUGUACUUGAACUACUGUCGCAGUUUGCGCUUCGAGGAGGGCCCGGACUACAUGUAUCUGCGACAGCUCUUCCGGAUCCUUUUCCGCACCCUCAACCAUCAGUACGACUACACGUUCGAUUGGACAAUAAUGAAGCAGCGAGCGAUGCAGCAAGGCAGCAACAACCCGCCAGCGGUCACAUCCGGCGAAAACAAACGGGAAGAGCGGCGCGACAAAGAUAAGCUGUCCAGCGACACGGAUGAGUAGGAAUUUUGAAUGUUAAGCAGCAAAGCAGGGGGGGUAAGCAGCACAGCACCCAAGGAGCGGCGCCACAUGUACAGGGUGUGUGUGUGAUUGCAGCGUGUUUUCUCAAACACACAAAAAAAGGACGUGCGCGCAUGAGAAUAAGCGCGCGCGGUGCGGUGCGGAGGGGGGAUUCAAUCGUGGUCGGGACAGAAUUGGGUGAAAACGGAAGAAAGAGAUAGAAAGAGAGAGAUGGAGAGGGAGUGGGAGAGAAUGAGAGAGAGGCAAAAAGAGAGAAAGAUCGCGACAGAGAGAAUAAGAGAAUAACGAAAAAGUGGUAAAAGGGAGGCAGUAGACAAGAGAUGAUGACGCGAUAAAUGUAACAGAAGAAGAAAAAAAGUUUAGGUUAUAUAUGGAGCAGACUCGUUAGGUAAGGUGUCGCAUACUACAACUAGAAUUAGCAAGUUAAAUUACUUCCCGAUUAGGUACGUAACAACCCUUUGAGGAUAUGUGGGGUGAUAUGAACUGAAAAAAGGGAAAUCAACAAUAAGAAUAAAGUACACAUCCAUACACACACAUACAUACAUACACGCGACACACAUACACACACGCCACACACGCCACACACACCACACACACACAGUUGUAGGAUCACAGAGGCGAAAGAGGGGUUUAGCGGAGGCAUUCAAAGGGCAUCAUGGAGAAAGAGCCGGGGCCGAGGAUCGUGCAUGCUUUGAAUAUCUUGUUUUGCCGUCUUUUGGAUGCGCAGAGUAGUUAAAUCCAAAUCCUCAAAGAUUGUUUGAACGGAAUCCUUUUCUUAACACCAUUCGGGCCCCAUUCUUAAACCGAUCGUUGCAGAGAAUAGCUGAAGCACAGAGAAGAUGGGCGUGCAAUACUUCUCAACACACGGCAACGAUAUAUUUAUUUGUUUACACUUCCCCUCCCCCCGUAAAUGGGCUGACAAUGUUUUGAUAAGUUUAAACAAAAAAAAAAAAUUGCAAAUGUUUCUGCAGCAGCUAGAAUUUCAAACGCUUUUAUUUUGUUUUUGUUUUUACCCUGAAGAUAAAUGAUGAAUUCAGUGCUGGAUCAUGUAUGGCAGCCAAAUAUUUUCCUUCUUUCUUUCUAUCCCCUCAUCCUCCUCCUCCUCCUCCGUACUACGCGGAGUGUAAGCUAAGGGCAACACAGAUUGUUACGAUGUAAAACCGAAAGAAACAGGAGGAAUUGUUUGAGGAAACACCAAACGCGUAACCGAGCGUUGCAAAUAGAUUUUCAGCAACAUCAAGCUGGUGCGCACCUCUUGUAAAACAAAACAAAAAAACAAAAGCAAAGAUAAAGCGUGUGUGUUUGUGUAUGUGUACCAAGAGCACUAUAAAGGCUAGUUUCCGUCACUUCAUUUCUCUAUUUCAUUUCCACGAAAAUAUUGCGCGGUUCGAGCCUCCGAGCCUUACACUAUCAUGAUGCCGUUCUUAGGAGGGGAUGGGGUGGAGGAGCGAGGAAAACAUGUGUUCUGUAUUAUUACGUUUUUGCCAACUGCACGCUAAAUGGCGGACGUUUUGGGGUGUUUUUUUCCUAUCUUGUAUGGGAAGAAAAGCCAACCCCCCCUCCCCCUCCACUACAUCAAUGCGGAGGGGUAGCCGAUGCAUCUUAAUUGGGAGAAGUAAUUAGUAGACAGUUUCCUUUUCUUUAUUUUUUUUUCUUCGCCUUAUUUGUGACAUAAUGUUGACGCGGAAAAGGGCUGUUAAUAAAAUUUUGCUACAUCAGCA